GGGGGUUGGGCGCGAUUUCCGGGGAACCGGCAGACUGCGUGCGCUGCCCGGGAGCUCAGGGAGACGCGGCUUGUAACCGACAAAGCGAAGUCAACAUGUUCCGGAUGGAGGGUUUCGGGCCGAAAUUAGACCCGGAGGAACUCAAACGCAAGAUGCGCGAGGAUGUGGUCAGCUCGGUCCGCAACUUUCUCCUCUACGUGGCCCUGCUGCGACUCACACCCUAUAUUUUAAAGAAGUUGGACAGCAUAUGAAGAUCAUGGUAGAAGAGAGAGCAUGUGAGAGCAUGAACUUCAAACUAUGAUUAUGAUUUCUCUUCCCAUUUGCUAAUAAACAGGCACAAAAAGACAUCAUCAGAGACUUCUGGUACUGAAUAGAUAUGAAAACUCCUCUUACUGAUGCUAACAACUGAAAGAAAGCAUGAAGUUUUUUUUUCUUUGACACUGUUUUAAGAAAUGUUCAGCAGACUUUGGUCUCAAACUGCUGUGUCGGCAUUAUACAACCUUCAUAAAUUUUGGUUCAGUUGUAAAUAGUUUUAUCAAACUACGUUUUAUAGUGAGUAUUCGUUGUAAGGGAGCUACCUCUGAAAUUAUCUCAUUACUUUUGUUAAACCUCCUGCCUCUAUGAGGAAUAUGCAUUGUGAAAGAUUUUCUUGUGAUUACUUUUGUUGGAAUCAAUACCAUUAUGAUAAUUAGCACAGUACUGUUAGUCUUUUAAAAAAAUAAAUGUGCCGUUUUUUUAAAGUA